UGGUCGGUACUGUGUCGUUGUACUCGGGGAUUCUAGCCGUGUUUAGGGAUUUGUCGCAGAUACCUUUAUCCAGACUCACCGCUGAAGGAUUUCGGUCACAAAGUUGGCCUACUACAUGGAAUAGUUUCUAGGUGAUCUGUUAUUUCAUUGGCAGAGGAAAGGUUAGGUGAAAAAUCCGGUUCUGAGGACGGAAGUUUGAGCUUGUCGGGCGGUUAUGGAUCAAAGUCAAAGCCUUUUAAAAGUGUUUUUGGAAGGAUACCAGUCAUAAACGUUGCUCUUUAUGAUUUGUUUACACAUUCAUACUCAGUCUGGCGCUUUUCAUUGAGUAUAUCAGUUCUUAUUUACUCCGUGAACAGCGGCUGAAGUUGGGACACAUCACCAAAUACUACGGAUAAACACAUACACAUACACACGCGUAUGCGUAUACAGUGUAUAUCGUUGGUGUACAGAUUGACGUUUCACUGAAAACUUUUUGCGAUGUAUUAUCAAGGAGAUAUCGUGGACGGAUCCUGGGAGUUGAGCAUCCUUGUCACGGACCUACAAGUUGAGAAGACCCUUCGGGUCAAAGGAGACCUUCACAUUGGAGGAUGUAUGUUCAAACUUGUGGAGAGUUUGGAUAUCGCCAUGGACUGGUCAGACCACGCCCUCUGGUGGCCAGAAAAGAACAUGUGGUUAAAGAAGCCACGUCUUACCCUCGAUCAGUACGGAGUCCAAGCAGAUGCCAAACUCGAAUUCACACCCAUGCACAAGAACAUACGGUUACAGAUGCCCGAUUUACAGAUUCUUGAUGUGAAGGUAGACUUCUCGGUUGAUGUCUUCAAAUCGGUGAUUGUGCUGUGUAAAGAAUUAGGUGUUCACCAUCCAGAGGAGCUGUCAAUUUCAAGAAAGCUCGGGAAGGAAGAUUUGAAAUAUAACAACGCCAAUCCGCGUGGUUUGGUUCAGAAAAAGCAUCGCGAUCGCAUGUCGGCCAACGGGAACUUGAGCAGUAACAGCAGUAAUCAUCUGUCCAAUACCAGCAUGGAUGGGUCAGGCAGUCCAUUCAUCUCCAGGUCACCCAUGACCCCUUCAACUCCACAGGGCACAUUACUGCGAGGGCCCGGAAGUAGUCAGUACAGCCCGAGCACGCCCUGGGCCGCCAACGGUACAAUGUCUUCCAUGCACAGCCUGUCCUUCGAAGGUGCUCUAGAGUCAACGCUGAGAAACAGUCCCCAGAGGUCAGUGAGGGAGGCGUUCACGAUGUUACCCAGGCCGAAAACAUUUCAGGAGAAGGCACGCAUCAACUGUGGGUGGCUCGACUCAUCGCGGUCUCUUAUGGAACAGUUAGUUCGAGAAAACGAUGUGGUACUGUUGAAGUUUAAAUUUUAUGCCUUCUACGACCUCAACACAAAGUAUGGCCUUGUAAGAAUUAAUCAGAUUUAUGAGCAAGCCAAGUGGUCUAUGAUAUCAGAAGAAUUGGACUGUACCACAGAGGAAAUGAUCGUAUUUGCUGCUUUACAGUUACAAAUCCAAUUGCAAGCAGACGUACCGCAGGCAGACGUGCCAGACGGCAUGAAGAAUGAAGACGACGACGUGGCGUCUGCUUUAAAAGACUUGGAGCUCCACCUGGAGGGAAGUAGUUCAUCGCCGACGGCCGACAUCACACACAUCCCAGAAUUAUCAGAUUAUCUCGAUUUUAUAAAGCCAAAGAAACUAACUCUUAAAAGCACCAAGCGAUAUUACUUCACGUUCAGAAACACAACACUCUCAUUAUAUCGUUCACCAGCCGAUAAAAAUGGAUCGCCGCUGAUGUACUAUAAUAUGAAUGGCUGUGAAGUCCAUCACGAAGUGAACAUUGCCGUCGGGAAAUAUGCAAUAAAAUUAUCGGUGCCAGUUGAGGAUGGCAUGACGGAGAUACAACUCAGAUGCGACAAUGAAGACCAGUACGCCAAGUGGAUGGCGGCGUGUCGACUGGCUUCAUCGGGCAAGACAAUGGCUGAUAGUUCAUACGAGACGGAGGUGCAGUCGUUACAGAACUUCCUAAAGCUGCAACACCCUGCCAAGAACGGCAAUCACACAAGUGCACCUGCCGUUCGUUCUGACCAAAUCCAGUUCAACCCGGAGGAGUUAGUGGCGCCGAGAUUCUUGAAGAAGUUUAAGUCAAAGCAGUUACAGAAGCGAAUCCUCGAAGCGCACGCCAAUUUCCAGGACCUGUCUCUAUUGGAAGCCAAGAUGCAAUUCAUCAGGACGUGGCAGGAACUACCCGAGUUUGGUAUAACGUACUUUAUCGUCAAGUUCAAGGGAGAGAAAAAAGAGGAAUUGCUUGGCGUUGCGUUCAACAGGUUGAUCCGUUGCGACAUGAAUACUGGCGAGGCGUUGAAAACAUGGCGGUACUCUGCCAUGAAGUCGUGGGACGUGAACUGGGACAUCAAGAUGUUUAUGAUUCAACACGAGGAGGCUAAUAUCUCGUUUAGUUGCCUUACGGCGGACUGCAAAGUUGUGCAUGAAUUCAUCGGCGGAUAUAUCUUUAACAGUUUGCGGAAGUCCGACCGAAGUCAGACGCUUGAUGAGGAAAUGUUCCACAAGUUAACAGGUGGAUGGGAUUAAGUCUCCUGGCUACGAUGCCUCAUUGACAGUAUUUAAUUGAAUUUCAAAUGGUGGAUAGUUGAGAACGUGAUAAUGACCUUGAGGGUUCAAGGCCGUAUGGACGUGACCUUGAAAAUGUCAGAUAAGGCUUGUUGGGACUUGGACAGUCCUUGGUUGAAUGUGGUCGCAGUUUAAGAAAGAUGUGAAAAGGUCUGCGAUUUUUAAGACGGUGGAUAUUUUAUUGUACAGAAAUGAACUAUUUUGAGAAGUAUGUUGCACUUUGCUGUGCCAGUUAAUUAAGCUCUUUGCCAAUAGACUGGGCGUCCCAGAAAAGUGAAGUGUAAAUAAGUUUGUUUUUCUGUGACACUGGGGUAUAUUCAAAGGAGUGGUACAGCCCAAAGCCUAAGGACCUAAGGAAUGGAGAGGGGUGCACAGGGGAUGUAUACUAAAUUCUGUGACCUCACUGUGUUAAGGCUGUUCGUUGGAGAUGGAAAAUGAUCUUAAAAUGUAUUCCCAAGUAUAUCUGGAUUUGGUAUUAUCCUGGAUUAAUUGAUGGUGUACUGCCAACAUAAAAAAACACUGUUGAUGUUUUUUUUUGGGGGGGGGGGAAGAAUAGUGGAAAAUACUUCCAACUUAAAGUAGUUGAUGAACAGCAUUAGUCAUGAAUUGAGGUCUACAUGUAGUUGAAAUAAUGGUGUGACACUUAUAAUGCUUCCCUUCAGGUGCUUUAAUAUAUCAUUUCAUACCAGUAUUAUCAUUGAGAUUUGUAUAGAAUCUUCCUGUAUAACCUAUAAGGAUAGGAAUUUUUUCAGCCCUCUUUCAGUGUCCCUAAAAUGUUCAAGAACUGAGUUCUUAAUGUAUGUUAGGAAGAAAUGAUUUGAAUAAAGUUAGAAUUUCUCUCAAAUAUUAAGGGCCAGCGCUUGAAAGCAGGCAUGAGAAGGGUUUACUGGUACUUGCUAUCCAUUUAAGGGACGCUCAUGUAAUAUUUGCAUCCGGUCACCCCUUGUUUACAGUCAUCAAGAAUAUUGUUAGUUUGUAUUUGAUGCAGUCUUCUUCUUAUUGAAGUUGGCAGGUUUUGUCCACUUUUGCGACAACACAGAUGAAGUCAUUUUACUAUUGGAGGGGAAGAAACUUAAAACAAGGUUGGGUGGCUUGUGAUAAAUUUGAAUUUUCACCUAAGCAUGUUAUUUAAGUUUUCACUGUCUGAGCAAUCUCUAAAAUGAAAUAUCCAACAGUGAGGUACUAGUUUCUAUUCUAUAAGGGUUUACAGUGAAAAUUUGCCGUCAUAUUAAAACCUAGCGGUCUUUGGUUGCAACAUAAAAGACUGCUCGAUCAAAAUAAGCUUAACAUACAUUGUAUUUUCCCUGUCAAUCAUCAAUAUCCUGUCGCCAAGGCAUUUUAGAAUGCCUUGCACAAUAGAAUUCUAUUGUGUAUCCAUUGUGUGAGGGAAAAUAAUUCUGGGCCACCCUGUAGAGGCCCUGCUGUUCAUGGUGACUGCAAGGUUUUUAUAAUCAUUGACAGAGUGUAGAUAUUGUAUAUAAGAUCUUACCUGUUGAUGUAAAUACUUUAGUUCUUUGGUCAGAACACGGACUGGAAAUAAAAAAGUCCUCAAACGUUUCUUCAGGUAAACUGUUCCUUUUUAGAAUGUUUCAACUUGCCAAUACCAGUUGAGACCAAAAUUUGAUUUUCUGAGGAAUUUUUGAUGUUAUGUGGAGCGUACUGGGGCAUUCAGGUUGGGGCAAAGUACAUGCACGUCGUCAUAAUCUCGUUUUCUUGGCAUUUGGAUGACAAAUUGGGAUGUAAGGUCGGGUUUAUACGGGGUUCAUGUUUUACCAUGUAACGUGUCGCUGUUCCCUUGUCACUCGUGAGAUGAAGAAUGAACAAAUCCUUUUCAGAGAGGGGUGCAUAAGAUUCAGGGAGUCGCUUUUCAACCUCAGGUCAUGUCAUGUUUUCAAGCCUCAGUCAGUUGAAAAACAUGCUUAGACAAGCCUGUUACUUGAGCUGCAUUCAUAUCGGAGUCAUGUUGUCACAUGUCACUCUGAUAUGAAUGCAGCUCAAGUAACAGGCAUGAAAAAAUCAUAGCUGGCUAAGUGACCAGUGAAGAGUGACAUGUGACAACAUGACUCUGAUAUGAAUGCAGCUCAAUUAACAGGCAUAAAAAAAUCACAGCUGGCUAGUGACCAGUGAAGAGUGACAUGUGACAACAUGACUCCGAUAUGAAUGCAGCUCAAGUAACAGGCAUGAAAAAAUCAUAGCUGACUAAGUGAUCAGUGAAGAGUGACAUGUGACAACAUGACUCCGAUAUGAAUGCAGCUCAAUUAUUAUAACAAGCAUGAAAAAAUCAUAGCUAGCUAAAGUUGUGAUGCUGAUGUCUACUGAUCUGUGGUUCCUAGUAUGUCAUCAUUUGUCUCGCAAACAUGUAAGAGUCUAAAAGGAAGUCCCAGUAUCUUUUGGUACAAGCUAGUCAUCAUUGUGAAAACAUCUGGGAUUCUUAGUGCUUAACGUCUGGGUUUCUUAGUGCUAAACAUCUGGGUUUAUUAGUGCUAAACAUCCGGGUUUCUUAGUGCUUAACAUCUGGGAUUCUUAGUGGGUUUCUUUAGUGCUAGUUUCCUAAUUGACACACACAAGGGGUGAUAUGAAUUCAUUAGUAAAUGCUUUGCUUGUCAUCAUUGUGAAAACAUCUGGGAUUCAAAGUGAUAAACAUUUAGGAUUCUUAGUGCUAGCUCCCUAAUUGUCACACUCAAGGGGUGAGCGAUAUGAGUACAUUAGUAAAUGCUUAUGCUUAAAACAUCCCUUACACUAGGACUUUCUGUCCAAAAUGGAAACAAAAGCAUUUACUUCCUCUUAUUCAUAUCGCCCAUUGUCUGAUUUGUUUGUGAAAGGACAAAGGACUGGGUACGGAGGACGCUUGGUGUCCCUGCUAAUUUCAUUUGCCAUUAUUCCUUGCCUUCAGCAACCAGUAGGCCAUUAUCUCAUCUUUUAUGUCACAAUACUUUACCGGGUAUCUGACAUCUUUAUGGUGUCCAAAAAUUGCUAUUUGUAGAAUCUGUAAUAUUGACAUUGACUGUAGUAUACAUUAUAUCCCCAGCGAAAUCAGGGGUUAAUCUUCGCUUCUCUGGCCCUGCACACAAAUCCCUGAGACAUUUCUCCUCAUUGGGUGAUAUGAAUAAAGACUAGCAAAUGCUUUUAUCUAAAUCUCCAUGUACAUUUACACUAGGCCUUCCUGUACAAAACCGGAGUAAAAGCAUUUGCUAGUCUUAAUUCAUAUCACCCAUUGGCUGAAGUACAGGUGUAUAUCACCUUCAAGUCAAAAUCUGACAACCUUGGUUCCAGUAUUAAUUCUAAUGAUUUUGUGAAUGGAAAUUGCAUCCAGAAAUCCUAGGACCAAGGUUAGUUUCUGAGUCUGAGUACUGAGAAAGCAGUACUUUCUAUUAUGAUAAGUUUGGAGAUUGUUGCUACAACUUUUGAUAAAAUCCUAGAAUCAGAUGCCAGCUACUCUCUGAUUGGCUGCUGUUCAUUUUGCACCUCGUACUUCAGCCAAUGAGGGAGAAGGGGUGAUAUGAAUAAACACGAGCAAAUUCUUUCACUUGGAAUUUUAGAUUUAAGCUUUUGCUGGUCUUAAUUCAUAUCACCCAUACAGAUUUGUGUACAUGGCUAGAGAAGUGAACAUUAACCCCUUAUUUUCUCUGGUUGCCCAGCAUGGGAGAUCGGACAGCCUGUUAGAGAGCAACCACUUCACUGUAGCUCGGACAGAAUUACCUUUGGUAGUUUGCUUUAUUAGCUGUACGACUUUGAAAGGUUUAUUGCAUUUUCACUCGUUUUGGAUACACUAUUCAUAUACCCGAUCUAUGUGUUAUUGUAUAUACUAUCUGUAUCGAUUUAUUUUAAAUAUUUCAAAUUCGAAUGUGCAAUGAAGGGUAUGUCUCUAUAACACAGAACCACUCUCUAGUAUUUGGUUGUGCAAGUCUUAAAUACAUGUACACUAGUUUGAAUAUACAAUGUACUGCAAAUGUGGUGGGUUUUUUUAUGACACACCCAGUAGUAUCACAUACAAGUUGACUCUACCUCAAAGUGCAGUUGGUUUAUAUAGGUGUUUAAAAAAAUACUGGUUAUUGUUUACCUUACAGAAAAAACAUGAAAAAUUGGUCUGCUGUGGUAGUCACCACUUGUGAUGGUUCCAAUCAGUGUGCAUUCGUGUUUGAAGAAAAGAGAUAUAUGAAAUUAUAAAGAUUUUAUAUAAUGCGGGCAAAUAGUAUGCCUAGUUGUUGAUCUUGGGUGGGUAGGAUGGAUUCAAAUAGUCUUGCAUGGCUUGAUUAGUGGAAGUUUGUUAAAAUUAUGAAAUAUUGAAAUAAAAGCAAAUCAUUUUAA